AUGCCAUCUUCUAUGGAUGUUGCUGUUGAGGCCGCGAAGAAUGCAGGUAUUCCGCAAAAUAGAAUCUUCCUCCUUGAAGGUGAAGUGGAAGGAUAUACGACAAUGAAAGAUCUUCUGAGCAUUGGGAGGAGUUACGGUCCAGAAGGGCAGGCCAAAUCAUUCAAGAUCCCCCUAGGUAAAAAGAAUAAAGAUGUUUGCGGAUUUUUGAGCUUCAGCAGCGGAACAACGGGGUUGCCGAAAGCGGUUAUGAUUGCACACCAAAAUGUCAUUGCCCAGUGCCUGCAAGUCCGGCAGAUCACGCCUGAAACGCAUAAGAAAGUGCUUGCGGUUCUUCCGCUCUUUCACAUUACUGGUCUCGUCCAUCAAUUGCAUUUGCCAGUCCUUCUAAACGCCGAAAUUUAUAUGCUCCCAGCGUUUUCUAUGGAAGCCAUGCUUGACGCCGUUUCCACCUUUAAAAUUAAGGAGAUCCUGCUUGUCCCGCCAAUCUUGAUUCGGAUGGUCCGUGAUCCCAUCGUCGACAAAUAUGACCUAUCCCAUGUGGAACGUUUUUCGUCUGGUGCCGCUCCGCUCAGUGCUGAGAUCCUCUCGCUUUUAGAAAAGAAGUUCCCCGGAACCGGCUUCAAACAAGGAUACGGCAUGACGGAAUCUUGCAGCUGCAUAACCGCUCACCCAAUUGGGAAAAUGGGUUAUGAGUACGCCUUCCGCGUCGGUACCAUUGUUGCCAACACUGAGGUUAAGAUUAUUGACCCGGAUACUGGAGCCGAACUCGGAUACAACCAGCCCGGUGAAAUUCUUGCUCGAGGCCCGCAAGUGGUGAUGGGCUACUUGAAUAAUUCCAAAGCAACUCGCGAAACCUUUGAUGAGGAAGGCUGGCUUCAUACCGGAGAUGUUGGCAAAAUAGAUGAAGAAGGCUUUAUCACAAUAACGGAUCGCAUCAAGGAAAUGAUCAAAGUUAAAGGUAUCGGCGUCGCUCCUGCUGAACUGGAGGACUUGCUCCUUGGACAUCCGGAUGUUGAGGAUGCCGCAGUCCUCGCCGUACCGGAUGAAUAUGCAGGCGAAAAACCCAAGGCUUACGUGGUUUUGAAGUCUGCCCGAAGAAGUGACGACGUCAUGGCCAUUGGAAGAAAUCUUAUACAGUACGUCCAGGAGAAGAAGGUCAGGCAUAAGUGGCUUGCGGAGGUGGAAUUCACAGACGAAAUCCCGAAGAGUGCAAGUGGAAAGAUUUUGAGGCGAGUUCUACGGGACCAACAGAGGAAUGGGGAGAAGAAGGGCAUUGUGGUUAGGAGUGGAAAGGAUACAACUAGAGCAAAGUUAUAG